CUCGCAGGACGUCCAAAAUCAGUAUGACGGAGAGCCAAAAACGGAAAGCUAUCGACAUUCAAGCAUUUUUUUCCAAGAAAAAAAUUGUCAACGAUGCUGGAGAGGAGAAAACGAUAACCACUUGUCUGCUAUGCGGCGAAGCAACAAAAACUUUCAAGUGCGAAACUAAGUUCAAUGUCUCUCGGCAUAUUGUAACUUCCCACAAGGCAAAGGCAACAGAAAUAGGUCUUCUUACGGAGGAAGAAUCGAUGAAGAGCCAAGCCGACGCGAAGCAAAAGGUGGUGAUCUGGAUUGACCCGAACGUCUACGUUACCUCCAUGGUGCAAUGGGUUACAGAAGGAAACCUUCCUUUUCGUUUUUUCGAUACUCCCUACGCUCGGAACAUCCUUGAACCAAUGGAGAAAGGUCUGAAGUUACCUCACGUUGGGAGAAAAAGUAUUGUCAAGUAUCUUGAAUCAGUGGAACAGCAUAUUGUACAGUGCAUUGCUGAUAAACUUCGUGGGAAUAUGCUCAGCCUCAAGAUGGACCUUGCCUCCCGAAAAGGAAGAUCUGUUCUCGGAAUAAAUGCCCAAAUAAUCGAUAACGGCAAGAUUGCCAUGUAUACGCUUGGCAUGAUUGAAAGAUUCGAGGGAAACACUGCCGAAAAUCUGCGAGCUGAAAUUUUGCUAUUACUCAAGAAGUUCAGUGUUGGUAUCACUCAGAUAUACAUAGUCACAACUGACAACGGAAGUAACAUGAUUAAGGCAACCAAAUUAUUGAAAAACGAACAGUCAUUGCUAAUGGGUGAGCUGGAGGAUCCUAAAACGACGAGCGAUGAAGAAACCGACAUUGAUUAUGUAAACUUCUACUCCGGUGAUGUUGACCACGAAUGCGAUAUAGAUGCAGAGUUUUUGGAUCGGGAUGACGAUGACACAGAAUCUUUGAAGAGUUUCUCAGCCGACGAAGUUGAAUACACCGAAGAAAUUGACGACUUGGAAAACCUUAAUAACGCACAUCUAACGGGGGUGAGAUGUGCUGCCCAUGAUGUACAGCUCUCGGUUUACGACGUUUUCAAAAAGAAGUCCGUGACAAUCUUUCUGGCCAAAGCGAGGAAACUAGUCAAAACCCUCCGGGCACAGCCGUACGGAAAUUCGUUUCGUUUGGAUAAAUCCAAAAAACUGCCAUUUUUCGAUGGAGACACUCGUUGGGGUUCGAGUCACCUGAUGGUUGAUUGCCUACGAUAACAAAAAGACUUCAUCAUGUCAUUACUCACCCCGGAUCUUAAAAAGCAGUUUGGUGCUUGAUUUUGGUCGACCGUGGAUCAGUUUGUCCAAGCAACUAAGCCAGUAUAUGUGUUGACCAAGAGAAUUCAGGAGGAAGCAUUGACAAGUGGAUCUUUCUAUCUGUACUGGAAAGAAUGUAAGCUUGAGCUUGAAGAUAUUUGCUCAUCCCUAGCUAAACAACUCAACAGAGCUUUGAAAGAUCGUCAACAAAUGUGGAUGGACAAUGAAGCCUUUUUAGCAGCCCUGUAUAUGGAUCUCCGCCUUAAUGAUUUCAAUCCCCCCGUGUUGAAUCCUGAUCAAGAAGAAAGAGCAAUUAAACACAUUCUCAAGACUUGGGAAAACAUGAAGAUGAUUCGUGGUAGUGAGGCACAAUCAACCACAGACGCUGGCGACCCCGUGCCUUCGACUUCUUCUGCAACCAGCCUGGGGAAACUGACGAGGAUCGAACAGUUGCUGUCGGUGAACCGUCAGGCAAGAACCAGCGAUUUCAAUGAUAUGGAAAAACGAAUUCGCAGACUACAGCUUGAACCAUCUCUGCCACUUGAUACAGACAUAAUUUCAUGGUGGCAAGUGUCUAAGCCUAAGGAGAAGGAUCUAGUUAUGCUGGCAUUGGUGAUAUUGCAGAUUCCGUGUACGCAAGUAUCGGUAGAAAGAGCUUUCAAUGGACUUGGACAGAUUCUAACCAGGUUUCGAACAAGACUUGGUCCUGGAACACUUGGAAACGUUUUGUUCGUGAAGGCUAACAGUGAUUUACUAAGAGAGCAUACCUAUAAACUUAAACCAUAA